ACUCACAUCGCGUGGAUAAAGCAGAGGAAAAAAGAAAAGAAAUAGUUUCAAGAUGGCGACCAACAACCGCCUGAACACUGGAAAACAAUAGAGACAGCGCAGUAGGGCAGACUUUGUUUCUUUACCGUUUGCUUUUUCUUUUUCGUGUCGAGUCAAACCGGGGGACAGUAGUUGGUUGUGUGUACUUAAGACUUUUGAAGCAAAUUUGGAAAUAAGCGAGUUUAUAAUGCUUUGUUUGAGGGCUAGUUAGCAAGCAGGCUAAGCUACAUCCGUAGCUGUAAUGUAACUGUGAGGAUCAGCUGUUAGCCGCACUGCUACUUUAAAAGUUACUUUUACCAGUAAAACUCACUCGUAACUCUCUAAGUUGCUGUUUUGGGGCUGAAUGGAUGUAAUGUAUGCGUUUUUAUCCAUCACUUUCUAACCUUUCGUCGAUAGGUUUUUAUCUCAAGUACGUCUUUUGUCAAACUUCAACUGUGAAGCGAAAAAAAAUGCACAUUUAUUUUUAAUUUGUUGCUAAGUUAAACGUUUCGCGACAAGAGAGAAAAAUCGAUUUAACGUGUUGUAUGCGCAAAUAUAAACGGGAGGUAAAUAUUUAAGAGUUUGAAGGUUGCAAAAAGAGAUACCUUAAGUAAAAGUUUCCAAUCCUCUUAAACUUUUCUCUAAAUUAUUUACGUGUCUAAACAAAUGUAACUUUUAUAUAUGAUGAAUACGUGAUUAGUGUUAGUAAACGGGUUCAUUCAUAAAAUUGUAGUUUGUACUUCAUACUUCUUGUGUCAGGACUCCCGGCUUGAAUAUACAGUUAUAUAAGAAACAUUGUUCUGUGAUUUUUGAGCGUUCGCGUAAAGGAAACUUUGAUUGGAGUUUUUGCGUUUCGACUCUUUUCUGAAUAUAAGCGCACACAUCUGAACUAUGUGCCAUUUCUUUUGUUGUAUAAGGAGGCAGAAAGUGCUGAAAAUGGAGGCAGUUGAGCGUGUUUUGUAAAAACGCACACGCACGCAAACAGCACGAUCAGUCCUGAGAGUUGUGCUGGUAUCCGGAGACUCGAGCGAGCUUAUAAACGCGCUAUUGUUCUGGAUGAUGGCGGAUUUCGUGGUGCCGCGGCACAGCGCCGUGAUGGAGCGGCUGCGGCGGCGGAUCGAGCUCUUCCGGCGGCAUCACACCGGCUGUGAGAACCGAUAUGACAGCACGGCCAUGGAGCGGCUGGAGAUGGACAGACAGCAGACGUUCGCGCUGCAUCAGCGCUGCCUGCAGACCAAGGCCAAGCGCUCGAACAAGCACCGGCAGCCGGCGGCAGCGCCGAGCGGGGACCCGGCGGGGCAGAGAGGGACGGGCGGCGGGGGCACCAGCGCGGAGCUGGCGGACGGAGGGAGCGGGACGCCCGGGGAGCAGAGCAGAAACAGCACGCUGAUCGCGAGGUGUGGGCAGUAAAGUCGCCUGAGAACUGACGCAGAUCUAUGUUGAAACCAGUGUCCUUUCCUCCAUUGC